ACUUACUCUGCCAGACUGCCAUUUGACUUGGGCACCCUUAUAAAAUUGAUGAAAUUUAAAUUACAGGGAAAAAGCACCUCCAGAAAUAUGCAUCGCUCUCUGUCUCUCUCUCUCCUCUUGCUAAACCAAUGCUCUCCCCCUCUCUCUUCUUUUGCUAACCAUUUCUCUCACUCCUGUGAACAUUCGCUUUAUCAUUCAUUCAUUCGUUCUGCUCUCUCAACACAGAGAAAAGGAGUUCUCCAGCCGGCACUUCCCUCCCAUUACAAUCUCCGUCUUUCUACUAAUUUCUUUCAUUACUCUUCCUUUCCAAUCUCGCUUUGUGUGUAUCUGCGUGUGAGAUAGAGAAAGAGGAGAAGAAGAAGAAGAAGAUAAAGGAGGGGACGGCCUCGUCUUUCCUGUUUGCUGUCGCUAGUCUUUCUCUGGGGCCAUGCUCCCGCGAAGGUGGCCGACUGACACCACGACGCCAUCGGGCCGCCGUUUUGCUCGCGUCGCGGCGUUGCUGCUGGUUUUGGUGCUACUGAUAGUGGCGGUAGUGGUAGUUUCCAGUGCCGCCACCACCGCCAGGAGGCCUUCCGGUCUUGCAUUAAUGGCGACCGACCAGAAUCAGAUUGAUACAGAGACACAGAAGCAGGCUGGGUUCUGGUCCAGGACGUGGUGGCGGUGUUCCGGCAGCAGAAGGCGGGAACUGAUCGGAUCUGCACCGCCCACAUGCCGGUACAAGUGCGGCCGGUGUUCGCCUUGCAGGGCUGUCCAUGUUCCGAUCCAGCCCGGCUGGAGCAGGCCGAUGGAGUACUACCCGGAGGCCUGGAGGUGCCAAUGUGGGAACAAGCUGUUCAUGCCUUAGCAAACACGCUACGGCCCACUUCACUCACGGAAAUGACCUUCAUGUCCUUCAGCACUGUCCACAACUUCUCAGAUGCCACUGUUUGUCCAAGAAAAUGGAUCCCAUGGUGUUGCAAGAUUAACUGGUUAAUGAAGCUGGGUUUAACUUCGGGGGUAAAUUAGGCUUGUGCCAGAAAAAAUUGAAGGGGCAUGAAGGAAAUACUGGCGGAAGGCGAGGGGGAAAGAUAAGCCCUUCGGUGGGGUCAUUGUCAAAGUUGGGCACGUGAGAACGUACCUUUGGAGCGCACAGCUUUUUUUAGAAGCAGAGUGUCCCAUAUCUGGAUGCCUUUGUCUUGUUUGCACCUCUCUCUCUCUCUCUCUCAAGAACCUUAUAUGUUUCAUUUUUUCAAAUUUGGGGAUUCCCUUGUUGCAGUAAAAAUCUUUUGAUGGAAGAUGUCAAAAUUUGGUGGGUGUAAUAUUA